AUGUUGUCAAGAUUUAGACCUGUUAAUUUCAGACCUAUAAGGGUCUUACCUGUUCGUUCUUUCACCACCAGUUUCGUCAGAUUCAAUAACAAUGUUGGUAAGAAACCAGAGACCAAUGAAACUUCUAAUGAAGAAACUAAAAGAAGACCUUUGAGUAGAGUUGCAAUUGGUGGUACUCAAGAUAAUAAAAAAUUCAGAGCACCAAACUCUAUUGAAUUAGCUUCAUGGAGAGCUGUUGUUAUCCUUGUCAUUCUCGGUGGGUUCGGAACUUAUUUGUUGUCAAAUGAGAAGGAAAAGAUCAGAUUACAAAAGGAAGCUGAAAAUAAUAGAGGUGUAGGUAAACCCUUAGUGGGAGGAAAAUUCAAUUUAAUUGACACUGAAGGCAAGCCUUUCACUGAUGAAAACUUGAAGAAUGAUGAAAAAAUCUUCUCCAUCAUUUACUUUGGUUUCACCCAUUGUCCAGAUGUUUGUCCUGAAGAAUUGGACAAAUUAGGUGAAAUGUUAAGUAUCUUAGAUAAAGAUAAAAUAAAAUUACAAUCAAUUUUCAUUACAUGUGAUCAAGCCAGAGAUUCACCGGAAGUUAUCAAAACUUACUUGGAAGAUUUCCAUCCAUCAAUCAUUGGUUUAACUGGUACUUAUGAAGCUAUUAAGAAUUGUUGUAAGAAAUACAGAGUUUAUUUCUCAACUCCGCCAAAUGUUAAACCUGGACAAGAUUAUUUAGUUGAUCAUUCCAUUUUCUUCUACUUGAUGGAUUCAGAAGGUAAUUUCGUUGAUGUUAUUGGUAGAGAAGUUGAUAGUGAAGAAGGAGCUGAAAAGAUCAAGAAAUACGUUGAUUCUUUCAUCACAGCUGAAGAAAGUGAAAAAAGAAAAGAAGGAUGGUUAGGUUUCCUUUAUAAAUAG